GUGGCCUGUUUCUGUGCAAUGGCCAUCUGAUUCACCCCAGCUCGAACAUGCCUGGACAAUGUCAUCUAGUGAUCCAACCGAUUCAGCGGCAAAAGCUAUUGCAGACGCCAUCCACCGAUCUGCCGUCGAGUCAUGGACGCUGUACUCAAUUGGAGUCGCGUCGACGGCGCUCCGGACCUACGCUCGCAUGAGAGGUAGCGGAAUUCGGGGUCUUCGCACUGAGGAUUAUCUCGUAUGGAUCGGCAUUAUGUUCUAUACCAUUCAAUCAAGUCUGGCGUAUAGCGUGGGAAGUGUUGCCCAUGGCCUUGCAAAUAAUGGUAUGACCGACGCUGAGCGAGCCGCGCUGUCGCCCGAGGAUCACGAGUAUAGCGCCAGGGUGCUUGGGUCGAAAAUACAGGUCGCCGGCUGGACCAUUUAUUCUGCCUUGAUAUGGUCGCUCAAAUUGUCCCUGCUGUACUUCUACACUCGACUCACGGACGGCGUCGGCGAGCGUUACCGCAUCAGAAUUCAGAUCGGAUUUGGUCUGGUCAUUGCAACGUUUGUCGCUUGCAUCUUGACAGUAUUUCUGGCAUGCCGGCCGUUUCACAAAUACUGGCAGAUCAAUCCUGAUCCCGGUAAUUCCUGCCAGGCCGCCAUAUCCAAACCCAUCAUCUGGGUCUCGUUCGCCGCAAAUGUAUCCACCGAUAUAUACCUGAUAGGAAUACCUAUCCCCAUGUUAUGGCAGUCCGGCUUGAAAACAAUAAAGAAAAUUGCGUAUACUGUUGUGCUCAGCACGGGUAUAUUUGUGCUCGUUUGCGCUACGCUCAAGAGUAUUUUUGUCCUGGUGGACCCUGUCAAUGGAGCUGCGCUCGCAGGCGCCUGGGGAACUCGUGAGGCCUUCGUGGCUGUGAUAACGACUAACCUUCCGCUUCUGUUCCCCCUUCUCAGAGCGUGGUUCACCCCGCUACUCGGAAGUAUGUUACGCUCGUCGCAAAAGACAUACCAAACGCCGUCAGGCUUCCGCACCAUUGGUGGUGGCGGUGGUGAUGGCCAAGGCCGAAGGAAUCGAAAACCUCCUACCGCGAAUCCCAUCACUGCGAAUAUUACACUCAAUGAUAGCGAGGAACGUAUUGUGGCCGACGUGAAGAUGCAGCCUUUGAAGGUUUCCUCAACACCUGUAUCUGCUGACUACCCGUCAAAUGGCAUCGUGGUAUCCAGCGAGGUUGAGGUCGCGCAUGAGGAUAGAAGUAGUCAUCACAGCGAGCACGCGCAACGUGUCCGUGAAAUAUGGUAACAGGGGGCUCUAGAUUUGGUGUUUAGAAGCCAAUACGACAUGAAUGCACUUUGAAUUAAAUAAUAGCGUCCACUUAUCAUAAAUAAUCGCAUUAAUUAUUAAAAUCGCGGCAGCGUUGAU